AGCGUCUUUCUGCACAUGCUCCGGGAAGGCGAGGGGAACCCGGCUGUUCCCGAGGCGCGCCUCUGCUCGCCUGGCUUCGCCUUUGACUGCUUUGCUUUUGCCCGGGACUGACUUACUUCCCUGUUGCAGCACGCUCUCCGCCGCCGCCACCCCCGCAAAGAUGGCUGCGAAAGGCUUGCAUUUCCACCUGAAGCUGGACGAGGCGGAGGUGGAGAGGUCCCGAGCGGAGGGCCACUGGGAGAGGCAGCUGGCCGCCGUGGGGCAGAUGCGGGCCCGGGCCACCAGCCCCCGACACCACCACAAAGGGGCCAAAGGAGGGCGAGAAGGCCAGGCGCACAAGUCCGAAGACUAUGUGAAUCUACUUGUGGCGGAGGCCCUUCUGGAACUCUGCUUAAAAGAAAAUGUUGCCAAAAUUAAGGACGCCAUCCCAUUAAUGGAAAAAAAUGAGCCCCAAAUGAGCGACGCCAAGAAGCACUUGACGGGCAUUCUCAGCCGAGGGAAGUUGCUGCCAAGAGAUAUGACAGAAGCCAUGUUGAUCCUAGCGAAACUUCAUUAUGUUGAGGGGUCUUACAGGGAUGCUCUCAGCAUGUACGCAAGAGCCGGCCUUGAGGACCUUCCUGUGGAAAAGAAGCCAUUGUACAUGCUGCGUCUCCUGACUGAAGCUUUUGUUAUCAAAGGCUUGGCAUUGGAACGCUCGCCCAAUUCUAUUGCUUCCCGAGCCCGGCUGUCGGAAAGAGAGGAAGAAGUCAUGGCUUGCUUUGAAAAAGCAUGUGUGAUCGCUCAAGUGUUCCUCCAAGAACUUGAGAAGAGUUUCGGAAACACGCAUGCAAGAGGCGUGAAAGGUGGCCACGGGCCUCCUUUGGACUUUGAAUUGCCUUAUUUCCUGGAAGCUGCUCUGCAGAGUGCCUACGUGGCUCACUUAAAAAGAGGCAACAUAGUUAAAGGAAUACGAAAUCUCCGAGAAUUAUUGCGGACUAUGGAAACGAAGGCUACUCAGAGCUUCCGAAUGACUGCUGCCAAGCAGUUGGCAGAGCUGCUUCUCCACUCCUUGAGUGAAGAUUGUUACUGGAGCCCGUUAUCUGAUCCUCUUCCUGAGUUUAUGAACAAAGAGGAUAAUUCUUACAUCUGCACUACUUUGCGUCGGAAACUGCAGCUACACGCGGGAGAUAACAUCUACACUCCCCACGACAACGUUGAAGAGGCUCUCCUCCUCCUCUUGAUCAGCGAAUCCAUGGCAAACCAGGAUGCUGUAAUUAGCCGGGCUCCUGACCAGAAGGAUGAUCGAGCCGUCAGUCUCCGGGAUGCAUCAGCAGUUUACGACCUUCUAAGUAUCACGUUGGGCAGAAGAGGGCAGUAUGUCAUGCUUUCUGAGUGCCUGGAGCGAGCAAUGAAACUUGCUUUUGGUGAAUUUCAUCUGUGGUACCAGUUGGCCCUUUCCAUGGCAGCUUGUGGCAAGUCUGCACACGCUGUCUCGGUGCUCAGAGAAUGUGCAAAGCUGCGUCCUGCGGAUCCCACCGUCCCCCUCCUGGCUGCCAAGGUCUGCAUUGGCCGUCUGCACUGGCUGGAGGAAGCAGAGCAUUUUGCCAAGAUGGUGACUGACCUCGGAGAAGAAGCCGGGGAGUUCCUAGCCAAGGGCUAUUUGGCCUUGGGCCUGACAUACAGCCUUCAAGCCACUGAUGCUACCUUGAAAAGCACCCAAGAUGACUUGCACCGGAAAGCACUCAAGAUGCUAGAAAGAGCGCACGACUUGGCACCUGAAGACCACCAAAUUAUCCUCUAUGUCUCACUGCAGCUGGCACUUGUGCGGCAGAUUUGUGAUGCAAUAGAACAACUCCAGGAAGCACUGAAACUAUGCAAGGAUGACAUGAAUUCUCUCCAUCUGCUGGCACUCCUUUUUUCGGCCCAAAAACACUAUCAGCAUGCCUUAGAUGUCGUCAACAUGGCCCUUGUAGAAUAUCCAGACUCUUUUAGUUUACUCUUCACCAAAGUCAAGCUGGAAUUGGUGCAUAAAGGACCAGAAGAAGCCUUAGUGACCUGCAGACAUAUGUUGCACCAGUGGCAAACACUGUAUAAUGUUUCACAACACAGUGAGGAGGAGAGCGAAGAGCACCAGCAGACGUACCACACUGGCAGCAGGAAAGGAGGAGUGAAUGAAGAUUCAGAGAAAGCAAGCAGCCUGACGGAGACACUGCCAACCAAGAAGCAUAACAGCAUGUAUCUCACGCUCCCAGAUGCCCAUGAUACAGACUCUGGUUCCCAACGAGCCUCUUCCAUCGCAGCUUCCCGACUGGAACAAGCCAUGUCUGAAGUAACCAUGCACAGUACUGCCUUGAAGCAAGGGCCUUUGCAGCUGUGGACUACUCUUGAACAGAUCUGGUUGCAGGCUGCUGAACUCUUCAUGGACCAACAGCAUCUCAAAGAAGCAGGCUUCUGUAUCCAGGAGGCAGCCAGUCUCUUUCCCACCUCUCACGCUGUGCUGUACAUGCGGGGGAGGCUUGCAGAGAUGAACAGCAGCUUGGAGGAAGCAAAGCAGUUGUACAGUGAAGCACUAACAGUCAAUCCAAGGGGAGUGGAAAUCAUGAACUCCUUGGGGCUGGUCUUGAACAGACUUGGGCGGAAAGACUUGGCUCAGAAGGUUUUGCAGGAUGCGGUCCAGGUCCAGAGCACCAGCCACCAAGCAUGGAACAGCCUUGGAGAAGUCCUUCAUGCUCAGGGAAAGAAUGAAGCCGCUGUUGAGUGCUUCCUAACUGCGCUGGAUCUUGAAGCCAGCAGCCCUGCCAUCCCAUUUACAGUUAUUCCCAGGGAGCUGUGAUGAUAAUUUUAACAUCACAGAUGUGCAUUCUAUGGACAUAGUUCCAAUAAAAUACCUGAGAGAUAAGCAAUUAGUUUAAAGUGCAAUAAAUAUGCAGUCAACCCUCCACAUUUGUGGGUCUGACUUUGGCAAAUUUGAUUAUUCAUGAAUUUGAUUAUAACGUUAUCUCUAGGAAUUUCUACAUCCUUCAGUACAACGAUAGAUCCUUCAGUAUGGUUGCAUUCAAAGGGCCGUUUGUAAUUGUAAGACUAUAUAAAUGUUGCCUUGGCACUGAAAGCCUUGCGGACUUCAUAAAAUGUCUAGACAGGUGUUCUCUCAGGUUUAAAAAAAUAGUAUUGUUUUAAUUUGCUGUUCUUCCACUUUCAUUGGGGUCCUGCACUCCUAUACCAAGUGAUUGUGGAGACCUGACUGUAUAGAUACAAUUUAUUUGUUACUCAGAAUUCAAAAGUCUUUGUUAAAUGAAGCUUCAAUUUCAGGGAUAUUCCAUUUUCCUGGCACACAGACUUCAAGAGGAAUUGCCACAAGGAAAAUGCAUUUCUUUCUUUUUAUCUAGCUGCUGGGGUUGCUGCAAUUUGCAGUGGUGUCUGCAUCCAACUUUUACAAUGUAACUCUGAACAUAAACAACCAGAAAUGGAAUGGGUUUUUGUAGGUUUUUUGGGUUGUAUGGCCAUGUUCUAGAAGCAUUCUCUCCUGAUGUUUUGCCUGCAUCUGUGGCAGGCAUCCUCAGAGGUUGUGAGGUUUGUUGGAAACUAGGAAAAUGUUUCAUAACGUUUCACACUUACCUCCAACAGACAAGAGUUCUUUCUCCCACCCUGGACCUUCCACAGAUAUAUAAACCCAAUUUUCCUAGUUUCCAACAAACCUCACAACCUCCGAGGAUGCUUGCC